CUUAAUAAGCAGAUGUCGUCACAUUGGAACUUCCGGGUUACACAACGAAAUAAAAAUGGCGCUGCCCAUGCUGGUGCUGAGGUUUGCCAGCCACAGAUCUAAAAGCAGCGGUUUGAGGAACUUCAGCGGGCUCCUUCAGAUCACUCACUCCGUCAGUACCAGCAGCGAAGGACAAACCGCAGGGCGCGCUCUGUCUACUGCCGCGGUGAGAGGUGGUCACCAGUGCUACCACAAAAGGGAUGUGGACUUGACUCCCAAAGUAGACAGACAUCUACUGUUUGAUACCCACACACUGGUGACAAGGCUAGAGACCAACGGAUUCACACCUGAGCAGGCAGAAUGUGUGACUCUGUGUCUGAUAGAAAUCAUGAACAGCACCCUGGAGAAGAACCAGAAAGAGCUGGUCAGCAAACUACAGCAGGAGAUCAUGAUGCAGCAGCUGAUGGCGCACAUGUCGUCCAUCCGCAAGGACAUGGUCAUCCUGGAGAAGAGUGAGUUCUCCAUGCUGCGCAAUGAGAACGAUAAACUGAAAGGCAAGGUGGAGCAGCUGCAGAAAACUCUCAAAGAUGAUAUCAGCAAACUGAAGAGUGACAUUGCUCUGGAUAUCAAUCUGGAAAAAAGCAGGACAAAGGAAAAGGAGUCGGACCUGGAGAAAAGAAUAGCUCUGACCAACAACAAGAUUGAAACAGAUGUCGCUGGUCUGAGGACACUUCUGGAGUCGUCCAAGGCAGACAUCAUCAAGUACCUGGCAGGGUCCAUGCUGACCUGUAUAGCCAUAGCUUCUGCCUUCCUCUUCAGACUUAUGUUCAUGAAAUAGCAGUAUCAUAAAACUAUUUAUGUAUACAUGAAUAUAUAACGUUACAUAUCAUCCAAAAUGAUGUGAAGUAUAUAUGUAUGCAAUGGAUAGAUAUGAUAUGGGGGUGAUGUGAGGCACACAACUGAAAUUUUUAAGUGUAUGAAUGUCAACCAAAUUUAAUUACAAACUGUAAUUGUGAUCAUUACAUUGCAGAGUCACACCCAGUAACGUUAGGUGAGAGAAAAAACAUGCCUUUUGGGCAAUUGUGCGUGUCAACUUUCUCUGCUGACUGUCAGAUACCCACUUUCUAGUUGAAAUACAAAGGACAUUGUCAUUAUACAUUUUGAUGUUUUCAGAGAUAUCAGGGCAUGAGGCUGGCACAACCCACAGUUCUGUUGACAGUUCACCCAUUGUUCUUGCCACUAAUGAUUUUCAACAUUGACAGGAAAGUACUGAUCACAAUGAUUUGAAAAGUAAAGUGUUAGCAAUUUUUCUAUAAUUAAUCUGAUUAGUAAACUUCCCCAUUGAUGCGGUAUGCUGCAUAUACAUUUUGUACAUGUAUGAUAUGUGAGACUGACAUGCCCCCAAUCCAUAUAGAUACUGGACCCUCAUACAUGUGAAGGCAAUAUACUAAUACAGGUUCAGCAGGACAAGGGUUUUGUAAUGCCAGACCUCACGAAAUUAAAUUUUCUCACAACUGACUUCAACUAUGCUAUAUCUUUUGUGUCAUGACACAUGUAAAGGAAUGGUGUCAAGAUGGUUAACCUGGGCCAUGUGGGCUGUGAUAACGCUCGAAUUGACCAAAUGAUAUUUAAACCACCAAGUGAGCAAAUCGAAAUGUUAUUAUCAUAAAGCCCAUCCAAACUGACCCAUAUAAGAGAGACAAAUUCCUUGUUUCAACUACAUUGUAUACAUACAUACUCAAUACUAUGUCUUACAGGUCUUACUAAGUCCAUGAGAAUUGUAGGUAACAACUUGAGUUCUCAGAUCAAACUCUGACAUCUGUGUUGUUUUAUAGCAGAACAUGUCAUGUGUGAAGUGAAUUUGAACUGUGUAUGAUAAUGUAUACAUUUUAACUGUAUUUCAGUCGCAAGGCUUUGCAAAAAUAAACCACUCAUUUAUUAAA